ACCCCGUUCUCCGGCACUCCUCCCCCAGACCGUUAUACUUCUACAGGAGCGCUGUUCAGUCAGUUCAGUCUAACCACAACAUGAACGUGGCACGACGAGUCCUGAAUCGCUCUAAGCCUGCAUUUCAUUCGGCCAACGUAAACGGCAAAAGGAGGUUCUGCACUUCACAGAAUAUAAUGACAUCCCGGCACACGCACACCAAAAGGAUCGAAGGACUGGACAAGAAUGUCUGGGUGGCAUUUACUUCACUGGCAGCCGACCCGUCUGUUGUUAACCUGGGUCAAGGCUUUCCAGACAUCCCUCCACCGUCGUACGUCAAGGAGGCACUAGCGCAGGCGGCAUCUGUAGACAAGAUGAACCAGUACACCAGGGGCUUUGGUCAUCCAUCUUUGGUGAAAGCCCUUUCUCAGGUUUAUGGGAAGGUCUACGAGCGCCAGAUUGACCCCCUCAAAGAAAUCCUGGUCACAGUGGGAGGCUAUGGUUCCCUCUUCAGCACCAUGCAAGGACUGGUGGAAGAUGGAGACGAGGUCAUCAUAAUAGAACCUUUCUUCGACUGCUAUGUACCGAUGGUGCGAAUGGCAGGGGCCAAGCCUGUGUUGAUACCACUACGCCUCAAGUCUGGAAAAAAGACGGUCACAAGUGCCGACUGGUUUCUGGACCCCGAUGAGCUUUCCAGUAAAUUCAGCUCUAAGACAAAGGCCAUCAUCAUCAACCCCAACAAUCCUAUCGGGAAGGUGUUCACCAGAGACGAGCUGCAGAUGAUCGCUGACCUCUGUAUUAAACACGACACUCUGUGCUUCAGUGAUGAGGUUUAUGAGUGGCUCGUCUACCGGGGACACCAACACAUCAAAUAGGCCACGCUGCCGGGAAUGUGGGACAGAACGAUCACAAUCAGCAGUGCGGGGAAAACAUUUAGUGUAACCGGGUGGAAGCUUGGUUGGUCUAUAGGACCGGAGCACUUGAUGAGGCAUCUUCAGACGGUCAUGCAGAAUACUAUCUACACCUGCCCGACACCUUUACAGGAGGCGGUGGCACAAGGCUUGCAGCAUAACUUUGAGCUGAUGGGUCAGCCGGAGUGCUACUUCUCUUCUCUGGCAGAAGAACUUGAGGGCAAGAGGGACCGCAUGGCUGCCUUCCUGCAGGAGGCCGGCAUGCCUCCUGUCAUUCCAGAGGGAGGCUACUUCAUGCUGGUGGACGUCACGCCUCUCAAUCAGGACCUGUCGCAUAUGGUCCAAGACGAGGCCUACGACUACAAGUUUGUGAAGUGGAUGAUUAAAGAAAAGAAACUGGCAGCCAUUCCUGUCACAGCGUUUGUUGGAGAGGAGUCCAAGAAGCAGUUUGAGAAAUACAUUCGCCUUUGCUUCAUUAAGCAAGACAGUACUCUUGAUGCAGCGGAGGCCAUCUUGAAAAACUGGAGGAAGAUUUAAUGGGAUGUGGCGUCUCAGGACUGAGCGAUAUGGCAUUUAACUGUUCUCGGUAGACGGAGUCGUGAGUCCUGGUUGUGGCCGAGGUGUUCAUUAAAGGAAAAGUGUUCUACAACUGGGGUGUGUUGAUGUUUAGAAGUCGGAUUGGACCCAUCUCACAUUGGGCUUCCGAAAACCUCCAUUGUAGAAGAAAUCAUAAAUGAUGCAAUGCUUUUAAAUAAUGUUUUUAUUAGAAUCACUGCAAUUAAUAAAUGUAUCGACUCGACUUGUUUUCCAAAUAAUAUUGUUUUUCUCAAACCCACUAAGUGAAGUAUUAUGUGUUACAUUAAUGCCAGUGCCACAAUAAAGAAGUGUUGGAUGC